AUGUCUUGUACAUUCGAGGGCUCGUACUUGGAAUCCGAUGAGUUCCUAGUGACCGUACUCCAUUCAAUGACUAUCAUCGAACUUCCCCUCCACGCAUUCGGCGUCUACCUCAUCAUUUGGAAGUCUCCGAAGACAAUGUCGUCGGCCAAAAAUGUCAUUUUACUGCUGCACAGUGUUACCGCUCUAAUGGAUCUCUUGGCCACUCUGCUCUGUAUUCCCUACAUUUUCGCUCCGUAUCCUGCCGGAUAUCCAGUCGGUCUAUUGUCCAAUCUGGGCUUCAGUUCCGCAUCUCAAGUGUACUUUGGAGUGAAUGUGAUUGCCGGUGAAAGAAGCUGUUCUCUCUUUUUCAAUAUAGUUUAUUUUAUUUAUAGCUGUCGCAAUCACAUUGGUCGUUUUCUUCGAAAACCGCUACGAUGCAGUCGUCAUCGGUUAUUCCGGAAAGUCGGAUAAUCGCGAUUUGAAGCGCGCCACGUUUUUCUGUGUCGACAUUCUAAUGUGCGCCUCGUUGGCUGUUCUCAUCUACUCAAACCUGCCCGAUACUGAAACCGGAAGAGCUCAUUUUCUCUCGGUGAGCUUCAGAUGACAUGCUAGUGAAGUACUUGACCUAUUCGGACUCAAGUUUGGCCUGCAUUUGUUUAGUUUGUCGAUUUGACAUUUGGGAACAAGUCCUAAAAAGAUUUUGCUCUCAGAGUUUCUAUUUUGCAAAAGAAAAUCGUACUUUAAGUUGUUCUCACACACUGGUCCUGUAAGGAAAAGUCAACGCCUGCAUGUGUUCUAGUCUUCAAAGAUAGUACUUUGCUUGUAUUGAUGAGAACAAUGCCUUCAGCUGCACACUUGCGUCCCCCUCUCCCUCGUGAACAAUCCCAACUUCAUUGGCAUCAACGCCGGCUCCGUCGUGAUGCCGUUGUGCACAGCCAUCACAGUGCUAUUCGUCUUUGCUCAAUGCGCAUUUUUUGUCUUCUUCACCACUUACAACCUCUUUUUUUCCGUCAAAAUCGUCUCGAGUAGCACUCAGAAAAUGCAGAGAAAGUUCUUUAUCGCACUGGUUUUGCAAGCAUCGAUUCCAUUGCUCGCGUUCGCUGGGCCCAUCAUCUACGGAUAUGUUUCGUGGAUUUUGAAGUAUUAUAAUCAGAGUGAGCACUUUGCGCUCGCUUGUGCUCUUUCGAAUAUUGUACAUUGCAGAAUACAAUAACUUCAUCAUAAUACUAGUUGGAUUCAACGGGUUUCUCACCACCAUCACCAUGAUUAUGGUGCAUCCGGCGUACCGGAGAGCCGUUUUUCAAAUGGUUCCGAGUGUCGCCGAAAGAAGAGCCACAACUAUUGUCAUUUCAUCUAUUCUUAGUAUUUCAAAACAGUGA